GGGAGAGGAGGCCGGCCGGUGGUGGCGGCGGCGGCGGCGGCGGCGGCAAGGCCGGGCGGGAUUUGCUCAGGCUUGAAAGGCCUAGCAGUGGCGGACUGACGCCGAGCUCAGCCGCGGGUUUCACGGGAAACCCCCCUGGUAAGUGUGGAGGAGGCGGGACACUCUGACCCAAGACAAAAGGCGUGUAGCUCCAGCCAAAGAACAUAAACCUUAGGAGGGAGAAGGAAAAACAAAACAAAACAAAAAACAAACUGUCCGCUGUUCCUGAGAACAGUCUUCAGUGCAAUCUACAGAGACAACCAAUGUGAGUGAGGAAGUGACUGUGUGUGGACUGUGGAGACAGUAAGUCACGUGGGCCCCUAGGGCCUGGACUGGUUUAGGAAGAGUUGUACUUAUAGAGGUGAGGUGUCAAGAAGGGAAAAGUGAAUGUUGUCUAGAGCGUGGCCUUGGCUCCAAAGGGUGUGCUUUCCUCCAAGGCCAUCAGGGAGCUCGGCCCCUGUUCUGCCAGGGUAGGGUACAGGGUUUGGCACUGAGGAGGGUGACUUGCUGGCUGGAGCAGCAGAGCAGUGGCCUUGAUUUGUCUUUUGGAAGAUUUAAAAACCAAAAAGCAUAAACAUUCUGGUCCUUCAGCAAUGCUUUCUCUGAAGAAAUACUUAACGGAAGGACUCCUCCAAUUCACCAUUCUGCUGAGUUUGAUUGGGGUGCGGGUGGACGUGGAUACUUACCUGACCUCACAGCUCCCCCCACUCCGGGAGAUCAUCCUGGGGCCCAGUUCUGCCUAUACUCAAACUCAGUUCCACAACCUGAGGAAUACCUUGGAUGGCUAUGGUAUCCACCCCAAGAGCAUAGACCUGGACAAUUACUUCACUGCCCGGCGCCUCCUCAGCCAGGUGAGGGCCCUGGACAGGUUCCAGGUGCCGACCACCGAGGUGAACGCCUGGCUGGUCCAUCGGGAUCCGGAGGGGUCUGUAUCUGGCAGCCAGCCCAGCUCCGGCCUGGCCCUUGAGAGUUCCAGUGGCCUCCAGGAUGUGACAGGCCCAGACAACGGGGUGCGAGAAAGCGAAACGGAACAGGGAUUCAGUGAAGAUUUGGAGGAUUUGGGGGCUGUAGCCCCUCCAGUCAGUGGCGACUUAACCAAAGAGGACAUAGAUCUGAUUGACAUCCUUUGGCGACAGGAUAUUGAUUUAGGAGCUGGGCGUGAAAUUUUUGAUUAUAGUCACCGCCAGAAGGAGCAGGAUGUGGAUAAGGAGUUGCGAGAUGGCACAGAGCAGGAGGACACCUGGCCAGGAGAGGGUGCAGAAACUCUGGCACGAAACCUGCUAGUGGAUGGAGAAACGGGAGAGAGCUUCCCUGCACAGGUGCCUGGUGGGGAGGACCAGACAGCCCAGUCUGUGGAGGAACGCCCCAGGCUUCUAGAAGCUUCCUGCCCCUUUGGGGAGAAUGCUGAGUUUCCAUCAGACAUUUGCAGCAUAUCAGAAGCAGUGCCUCGUGAGAGUGAGCCCCCAGGUCUUCAAAACAACCUCUUGUCUCCUCUCCUGACGGGGACAGAGUCACCCUUUGAUUUGGAACAGCAGUGGCAAGACCUUAUGUCCAUCAUGGAAAUGCAGGCUAUGGAGGUGAACACAUCCACAAGUGAGAUCCUGUACAGUGCCCCUUCUGUGGACCCUCUGAGUACCAACUACAGCCUUGCCCCCAACACUCCCAUCAAUCAGAAUGUCAGCCUGCAUCAGGCAUCCCUGGGAGGCUGCAGCCAGGACUUCUCACUCUUCAGUCCCGAGGUGGAGACCCUGCCUGUGGCCAGCACCUCCACUCUGCUCCCACUGGUCCCUAGCAAUUCCACCAGCCUCAACUCGACAUUUGGCUCCACCAACCUGGCAGGGCUCUUCUUUCCGCCCCAGCUCAACGGCACGGCCAAUGACACAGCAGGCCCCGAGCUGCCUGACCCCUUGGGGGGUCUGUUAGAUGAAGCCAUGCUGGAUGAAAUAAGCCUGAUGGACCUGGCCAUUGAAGAAGGCUUUAACCCCGUGCAGGCCUCCCAGCUUGAGGAGGAAUUUGAUUCUGACUCAGGCCUCUCUUUGGACUCCAGCCAUAGUCCUUCCUCUCUGAGCAGCUCUGAGGGCAGCUCUUCUUCCUCUUCUUCCUCCUCCUCCUCCUCCUCUUCUACUUCUUCCUCAGCUUCUUCCUCUUUUUCUGAGGAAGGUGCUGUAGGCUAUAGCUCUGACUCUGAGACCCUGGAUUUGGAAGAGGCCGAAGGUGCAGUGGGCUACCAACCUGAGUAUUCUAAGUUCUGCCGCAUGAGCUACCAGGAUCCGUCUCAGCUCUCCUGCCUGCCCUACCUGGAACACGUGGGCCACAACCACACAUACAACAUGGCACCCAGUGCCCUUGAUUCUGCUGACCUGCCACCACCCAAUACCCUCAAGAAAGGCAGCAAGGAGAAGCAGGCUGACUUUCUGGACAAGCAAAUGAGCCGGGAUGAACAUCGAGCCCGAGCCAUGAAGAUUCCUUUUACCAAUGAUAAAAUUAUCAACCUGCCGGUGGAGGAGUUCAAUGAGCUGCUGUCCAAAUACCAGCUGAGCGAGGCUCAGCUCAGCCUCAUCCGUGACAUCCGGCGCCGGGGCAAAAAUAAGAUGGCAGCGCAGAACUGCCGCAAGCGUAAGCUGGACACCAUUCUGAACCUGGAGCGGGAUGUAGAGGACCUGCAGCGUGAUAAAGCCCGGCUGCUGCGGGAGAAGGUUGAGUUUCUCAGGUCCCUGCGGCAGAUGAAGCAGAAGGUCCAAAGUCUCUACCAGGAGGUGUUUGGACGGCUGCGGGAUGAGAAUGGGCGUCCCUACUCGCCCAGUCAGUAUGCACUCCAGUAUGCUGGGGAUGGCAGUGUCCUCCUCAUUCCCCGAACCCUGGCUGACCAGCAGGCACGGCGGCAGGAGAGGAAGCCAAAGGACAGGAGGAAGUGAGCCCAGAGAGGAAGGGGGGGUUGACGCUCAUCAAGAUGGAAACUGGAGAAGGGCUGGGCCUGGACCUGGACCUACAGUGGGGACUUUAAUGCCUUCUUAUCCAAUAGAUCUUCUCAGAGGGGAUGACUGCGGGUCAGUGGAGAGGAAGAGACAGGUGCAGGCACUGUCUGGCUCAGCCUCCCCCUCUGGGGUGGUGGGAAUGGCCAGGCUGGGUGGACAGGGUCCUCACCACUAACCCUUUCCUUCUAAGGAAUGGGUGGUACUGGCAUUGCUGGAGGCCAGCAGAAGGGAAAGAAGGGUUUUGUGAGAGGAAAGGAAAGUAGAAAGGUCCCUUCCUGCAUGGAAGGACAGACAGAACGAAGGAAGGAAGGAAAAAAGAAACCCCCAAAAAAAUCAAAGCGGGAAGAAAAUCAAAGGGCAGGUUAAGAUGGUCUUUAGCCAGAACUCCAGGCAGCAGGUUUUAAGGUGGGACUACAUCACUGGAGUGAGUAAACCCCACUCCCCCCCCCCCCCCAGGGAGUUACCCCCCCUGAGGGCUGGUACUCAGGAUAGGUGGGAUAAGGAGGUACUCGUGACACUUUCUCCUCCCUGCACUUUGGUACCCUUGAAAGGAGCUUUGGGCUCUCUUGUGCUUAACUGUUGCCAUCAGAAGGGAGCCCCUGGGACCCAAUGCUGGUUGGAAGGUGGUUGUCAAAGGGUAGGGUAGACAGGAAAGGGCCAUGCAGCCCCGUGUGGCCACAGCCCCAAGAGCAUGUCACCCACUGCCCUGCCACUCCAUCUCCCUCUGCACCCGUGCCCCUGAGCUGAAGCUCUCAGGUUUCCAUCAGAGUCUGCAUGCAAAACGCUGUUCUCUGCCACCCGCCCGGGCUUCCCUUCUCCAGUCCUCAUGGCGUCCGAUGGAGCGCCUUUGCAGCUGGGGUGCUGGCAGUGGCCUUAGUACUGGCCCUGUGGCCUUCUGGGGGCCGCUCUAAGGCAGGGGACAUGAGAGGGAGAAGCCAGGCAGUAUUCAGCACAACACUGGGGAGAGACCCUGCAGGCCCCCCUACCAACAACUGGGCUUGUCACUGGAAACACAAACUACAAAACCCAGCAACAAAAACUAGUCCUCUUAGAGUUUCUUGCGCUUUGAUUUUUUUAGGGCUUAAGCCCUGUUUCACUUAUAGGGUAUAGAAUGCUUGUGUUGAGUAAAAAGGAGAUACCCCAAUAUUCAAAGCUGCUAAAUGUUCUCUUUGCCAUAAAGACUCCGUGUAACUGUGUGAACACUUGGGAUUUCCUCCUCUGUCCUGAGGUCUUUGCUUUAUUUUUUGGGUUUCUUUCUAGGAGAAUGAGAAGUGCAUGUAUGUCAGAGGGACUGAGAGCACCCCACCCCCCAGGCUCUCAGCCCCAGCUUAUGCAGGGCUCCUGGAGGACAGCCUGGGGGAGACAAGGGAGUGCCAAGGUGGCCCAGACGGGUUCCAGGACUGCAGUGUCUUUAUUUUUAACUGCCACUGCUGCCCCGCCCCACCCGCCUCAGGAGUCCAGUCUGCCCCAGACUAGUGGGAGGGAGCCGGAGGGGGGGCACGGAUUCUCCCCCUCCUGAGGGGAAUACAUUCUAACAGCAGUAGGGAUAGAAGGCACGAGCCUGGGAAGUGCUUUUAUAAAUUAUUUUCCUCAUAGAUUUUAUUUUUAAUUUAUCUCUGUGACCUGCCAGGGAGAGGAGAGAGAGAUGCUGUGAGCACAUGACAAAAUAAAAUAAAAUAAAGUGGA